AUGAACGUCUUUGAGAGCUACAUUGCCGUGUGUGAGGGUAUCAUCGGUUGGGACUUCGUUGACAAGACGUUGUGUGCCAUGGCACUCACAACGGUUCCCGGUGUAUUCUUCUUGCAAGGCGAGCUGCGUAACUUCAGAUGCAACGAUAACAUUGCCGUGUACGGCGAUGCUGUGUCUAGGAGUUACCUCUGCAGAAAGUGGUUCGACGCCGGCCUGGACAAAGGGCAGUGGACCCAGAUUUUCAACAACGUCUUGGGGAACAACAAUCUCGAAGAUGUGGGCCGUCACUCUGGACUUCAUCACUGCGUUGUCACCAAUCCCGGUACUCCGACAGUGUCCCCCAGAACCAUGGCUACGACAGUGGAGGCCAUUCUAGGUGCCGUCCAUCUUGACGGAGGAGAUGCGGCCCUGGGCCAAGUCAUGGACACACUGGGUCUCAACCACCCACUGCUGGCUUGA